CGCUGUUCAGCGGCUUUAGACUCAGAUUCUGGUCCGGAUAUCCAUUAAAAAUUAUCUGCCGUAUAUUAGAUCCGCGCCGUCAGGGAACAAUGCCCAUAAUCCAUGUUGAGAGGAUAUAUUCUAGCCAUUCCUCUCAAACCAGAGGACUUUAACGUCCUGCGUAGACGGGCUGGAAAACUCAACAGCCAUGGCGCCGCGCGACUUCGAGCACGGAUCUCCCGAGAAUGCCGCAACGGGACAGCCGGCGCAAUUUUUGCUAUCCCGGCUCCGAUGCCGAAACCAAAACCGGAACGCGGGCUUCACCCACCCGCUCAUCGACCUCAAGUCUAGCCCCCGGGCCCUCGUCAGCUUCGACGGUCCUGGUGACCCCUAUCGGCCGCUGAAUUGGUCCUUCAAGAAGAAGGCCAUGACCACCGUGCUUUAUGGAGCAAUUACGAUGGGUAAGUUCUCGCCCGCGAUUCCGCAGGUCGGUAAGCAGUUCCACAUUGGAAACGAAGUCGGCACCCUAGGCAUAUCGCUAUUCUUGUUCGGUGUUGGAUUAGUGUACGGGCGCAAAAUGACUGUCCUAGCGCCGUAUUUCUUGUCGACAGUAUUCUCAUUCGCCACAGCUGUUUCCAAGGAUGUUCAGACCAUCAUGAUCACGCGGUUCUUCUCGGGCUUCUUCGGGUCUGCGCCCAUCACCAACGUUGGCGGUGCCGCCAUUAUUGUCUAUGCUCUCACACUUGUUAUUGGAACUGUUAUCGCUCCCCUUGUGGGCAGUGCAAUUGUUGCGAGCUAUCUCGGAUGGAGAUGGACCGAAUACAUAGCUGGCAUCCUGAUGUUGCUGUCUUUCACGUCAGGAGUGAUUUUUCUUGACGAAAGCUAUGCGCCCGUAUUGUUAGUGUACAAGGCCCGAAGACUCAGGAUUCAGUCUGGCAAUUGGUCGUUGCAUGCUCAACACGAGGAAUGGGAUGCAUCGCUCAAAAAAUUGGCAAGCAAAUACUUAAUCCGCCCCUUCCAGCUUCUAGCAACCCCAAUCUGCUUCUUCAUAGUGCUCUAUGCCUCUUUCGUCUACGGUCUCCUCUACCUGAGUCUCGCCUUGUUCCCUAAAUUCUACACCAAACGGUACCGGGCAAACAACGCCCCCGCUGUUUCCAUGGGCCUCGGCUUCUUCACCAUUUUCCAAGCCGCGUUAAACUACCUGAUCGACACCUUCCAGGAAUACGCGGCGAGUGCGGUCGCGGUGAACACGUUCCUUCGGAGCGUCUUCGCUGGUGGUUUCCCGCUUUUCACGAAUGCCAUGUUUUAUAACUUGGGUGUCCCAUGGGCACAGAGCCUCCUGGGCUUUUUCGCAUGUGCACUGAUCCCCGUACCCUACGUCUUCUACACGUUUGGUCCACGUAUUCGGGCCCGAGGGAAGUGGUCUAGGGCGUCGGUGAACUAG